GCGAUAGUAAACAUAAUGGCGACAUGAGUAUACAUGUUUGAAUCGAACAGCUAGCUUUAUUUAGUCCCUACAAAUUUCUUCAUCCCAUGUUUCUCGCCGAUAACGGAUAUAUGAUCACGAUGUGUGAAUGAUAAAUUACUUAAUUCUUUAGCUGGAUGGUGCUCUGCAUUGAUUUUUGGUCUUGUUAUUGAGAAGACCACUCCAUCCAGCAGUUCAUCUCCUUGACUAAAGAAAGUACGAGAGAUUUAAAAACCAGAAUUACGAGUCAAGAAGGUUUAUAGUUUAAGCCGCCAAGAUGAUGCUCGUCAGUCGCUACAGACCAAUAUUGCUUCUGCAAUAUUUGCUCCUGAUUGUUGACAUUUUUAUGAAUUCCUUUACUGAGCUGUUGCGCUUUCAAAAUGUCAUAAUGCUGGUGCUCUUUGUGAUUCAGGACUUCUGUCUGGUUUUUGCAGUCAUCAUCAUCUUCUUGCUGUUCUUCUCAACAUUUAUAUUCCAAGCUGGCUUGAUUAGCAUCCUGGUUUCAAAAUUCAAGGUUGCCAUAUCCAUCACGUUUAUCUACUUCUCUUUGUGUGUGGCCCUCCAUGUGUGGACAAUGCAUUUGCGGUGGGGAGAUGUGAAGUUCUACAUCUGGGAUAACACUGGCUACCAGGUUUUGUUUGCCUUUCAGAGAAUAGCUGCAGUCUUCUAUUACUAUUUCUACAAAAGAACAGCAUUAAAACUGGGAGAACCACAUUUCUAUGAAGACUCUGAAUGGAUCCACAAAGAGUUUGAGAGAAGGAGAUAAUAGACUAAUGUCUCCUUUGCUAUGUAAAAACCUGCACAAGUCUCCACUGCUAAAACUCUGUGAAUGGGGAAAGCUCAGACCUUGACCAAAAAAUGUUCUGUCCCUCAAACACACUUUAUGGGGAGUUAUACUACAAGUUUGGGUUUCAUGAACAUGUUCACUCGCUCGACUGAGUUAGUUUGCAAAUAAAUCUUUGAAUAGUCAAAGAGGGAGAAACGAAUGUUGGUUGAAUGAAUUUGAUUUUUCAUGUCUGAAUUUGUAUGCAUGAACCAGUCUUGUUUAUUUCGUAUGCUGUCCAGGAGUAUGUUUAGGGCAAGAGAGUAGGGGGUUGGGGUUAAAAGAUUAAUAUGAAACGUAACGGUAUCUUGAAGUCUGAGUAAUAUUCUAUUUACAUACUUAUGUGUGCAGUGUACUUUGGGUAAAUAUGCAUGUUGAUGGUGGUAAGCUAUUGAGUUGUCUGCUGUCAGUCAGCCAAGUGUCUAGGAAUAUGCUUUAAUUUUUUUCAGGAUCUCAGAGAGGAUCUCAUCUGCUCUUGUCAGUUGUAUAGGACUUGCACAACAGAAAGUUGGGAAACAUGACAGUGACAGAUUGUGCAGUUAUAUAUGUGACAUAAUGACUUAUCCUGACAUGUGCACAUUGAAUUUUUUUUGUAUAGUUAUGAUCCUGCAUAUAUAAAAAAAGGAAGGCAAAAGUGAAGAGUAGUCCCCAAAAAACAGAGGAGAACAUACUCUGAGAUGACCUGAAUCUUGCAAAUAAAUACGCAGAAGAUUGAAAGUG